GUCAAUUGUUGAAAAUUGGUUUGCUUGUCUUGUGGUUUGUUAUUAUUAAAUCCAAUAUUGAGUAAUAACCAAUUGAAAAAUACUUCUUUACUAUAUGUAAAAACUAUGUUAGUUCUCUUACGUUUAUAAGAAAGAUUAACUAACCCUUUUUGUAAUUGUUAAUUACAUUGAGAGGGCCUUUAUUUUUUAUUAACCUUAAACAAUACAAUGCCGACCACUGUUGAAAGAAAGUUUUUGUAAUGAUGGAUUCUCCCGAAGAGUCUAAUUUGUCUCGAAAUCACGGUAAACCACCGCCGACCCGUGAUAGUGACUUACCUAAGAAUUGUAAAGGUUCCUCGAAACAAUCGGGGCAAGGUGAUGGCGAGCAGAAUGUGUUUACAUCAAUGUCACAUGAAUCGGAUCCUCGUACGUGCCCAGUGAACGGCCCACGGCCUAGUACUUCUUAUUCCGUGGCCAUUAAUGAAUCGGCUCAACCAGCUAACCGACUCGCGGAAAACAAUUCUAGACAGGAAUGUAGUAAUGUCCCACAGACGUCUAAGAGCGUGAACAAGUCUAGCGUUCAUCCGUUCAAUCUCGUUAGUGCGUCCAAAUCUGAUACAAACAGAUGCGAUAAUGGUCUAAGCUCCGGUCAGGAUAAACAGACAUGUCAAAAGCACAAAGUAUGUUUAGAAUCUGUUGGUAAUUCUUACAGUUUGAAUACACCCUCAACUAGUGGGGCUUCAAUGAGCAGAGUGUGUGACAAUUUGCUAGACAACGCUUGUUUUAGGGAGAGUAGGAAAAGACCAUCCAGUUUGAAGUUAAAUAAACCUAAUCUCGAUGUAGAUGACAGCUCCAGUGACACUGGAAAUGACGAUUACUCAUUGGGCUCUGAAGACGGUUGUAUUUACACCUACAGGGGCGGGGAACAUUUGGCAGACUUGCCAAGUUCAUUCUUCAGUUUGGAUAUGGGCUUACCUCUUGACAAGCAUCUCCCGUUGCCUCCAAAUUAUCAAGUACCACAGGCGGCUGGGCAGAAUGCUCGAGAACAAGGCUCGAGGGUUUCCAGUCCUGAUAUGGACUUCCUAGAAAUGGACUUUGACCCUGGGCCAUCUUGCGAAGUUGACACAGGAGAUGAGUCGACUCCUGAUGCUGAUUUGGAUAUUGGGAACAUACCAGAGGAGAACGAGCCAGUUAUUCUUAGAGGAACAUCUCCAGAAUAUUUACCAAGUGCUGUGCCUCAACCAACAGCUGUUGCAUCAACUUCUAAAGUUGAGGAAAAGAGGAAUGUAGAGCCACUUUCCAGUUAUUGCAAUGAGCCAUCAACCAGCAGAGGUUCAGAGUCAGUUUUAGAGCCAGAGACUGCACAAGGCGUUCAGACAUUUGGGCCAUACAUCACUCAUGUGAAUGUGAGAGGUGAAGAGUUAUUAGUUCGGAGAACAAUGUCCAAUUGUCCAAGCAACAAUAUUGUCUCUGUGCAUGCUUCUAGUGGAGAUUUAGUAUCACCAAGAGAAAUAUUGAACUAUGAUGAAGAACAUUUAGAGCAGCCCUUUGCAUACCAGAUCAACCAAGGGGAGAGACCUGUGAUGGACUCUGUAAACCUUUCGUCUGCUCUGUACCAUGUUACAAUGGCCAAGAAACUGAUGGUGGAGAAAACUGCAUCAGAUAUAGAGAGCCAUGAUGCAGCAAUGGCACAAUCAGAGCAAGUUCAGGACACGUCGAGUGACAGUACUGUGACAUGCGUGGCGCCGCCGCGCUGCAUGGUCUGGUCGGAGCGCGAGGCGUGCGAGCGGCAAGUGACGCAGAUCGGCACCUCGGCCUGCGGAGCCACGGCUGUCGUUAAUACAUUCAUAGCGUUGGGGGUACCUGUGGAUAUAGAAAGGAUCAACACUGCAGUAGGAACACGACUGAGGGCAAACAAUGCGCCUUUACCGAGGUACCUGUUGACGCGCGCGGUGGCGGGCUGCACGGCCGCGGACCUGGUGACGGGCAUACAGCGCGCGUCGGACGGACUCGUCACCGCCAGGUUCUUCCCCACUCACCCGGAGAGAGCUGUCUCGCUGUCGCAUUGGCUCGCUGAUUGGAUAUCUCUCGGUGCUGUGCCAAUCCUAACACUGAACCUGCAAGUGGGUUGCGAAGGAGAUAUCCCAGACGCGUGGCAUCACCAGAUGGUGUUCGGCGUUUCGUCCCAGGGCGUGUAUUUGACGAACCCGGUCGAGUGCGUCCAGGAGACUACGCUGUGGCCUCGUCUGACGUCACCGUCCGUCCUGCUUGUCCGGGAGAGGGACGUCCUGACAAGGUUCACUGACCUGACGCCCCUGAUGUAUGUGCCUGAUGAACGGUUUCACACCUUCAAUGUUCUCGGUCAGAUAGUAAACGUGAUACGCGAGUUCCGCGCCGCCGGCUGGUCCGAGCAUGGUACUCGGACGCGCCACAUCCGCAUCCCAGCGGCGUACCGCGCGGGCGUGACCGUCGCCGCGCUCACCGGCUCCGAGGCGCACCGGCGGCUGAUGCACGCGCCGCAGCUGCCCGUGCUGGCGCCCGACACGGGGCCCGCUUGAGGCUCCCGCUAGUGCUACGGGUUUAUAUGGUGAGUUGUGUCUGUAUAGCUGACGGAUGCACAUCCGCAUGUACGACGUACCGCGCGGGCGUGACCGUCGCCGCGCUCACCGGCUCCGAGGCGCACCGGCGGCUGAUGCACGCGCCGCAGCUGCCCGUGCUGGCGCCCGACACGGGGCCCGCUUGAGGCUCCCGCUAGUGCUACGGGUUUAUAUGGUGAACCGCAAAGCGACAAGUGAGAAAAAGAUGGAAUAAUCUUAAGGUUAGCAUAAUCUCUCACAGCCGGGCCAUGACUCUGUCGAUAUCAGCGGCGGCUUAGUGCGGAGCGGAGACGAAAUUAUAAAGAGAUUGUUAGUUGCUUAACCAGUCGCGGUAACAAGUAUAAUACAGUAUCCAGAAAGAAAGGAAAGGAAAAUGUAAAAUAUGUUAAAUUCUAAAAAAAGGAAAAUGUAAUUGCAUUGCAUUUACAUUUUAACACGGUGCCACGAUACCAACAUUCGCAGUUAUGCCUUGGGCAUAUAAAAACUAAAUACGGCACAACUUUUAAAACAGUAGGUCCUAACAGUAGGCUCGGCUCUCGGCAAAUACUCACCAAAUAAGAAAUGCAAUAUAAGAGAUAACUAUCCCGGAAGUAUUACCAGUAUCCUUAUAUAGCAGUUUCAUCGCUGGUGAUUUUAGGACUGUUAAAAAAUUUGCCUCAUGUGAAUUGCAUUUUUUUUGCUGGUAAAUGCCUUGAAAUGAUCUGGUUUAUACAUAUUAUUAUGUAUUGAAGUUAAUACUAGUCGAAUUCAAAAUAUCUAAAUCGAUUUUUUUAUACAAAUUUUUGUAUACCUCGAAUGAAAAAUUUUUUAUAUGGCAAUCCUAUCAUAGUUUAUUUUGCUACAAUCGUAGUACAUUAUCAUCACACAGAGCAUACUCACUGACAGACAUAAAUUUUCAAUAAUGCUUGUAAAAGCUUACUUGAAAUAAAAAGAUUUGAUUUGAUCGAGUUCCGCCAUAUUAUGUUUUAAAGUUCAAUUAAAAUAAAUCCUAGUUAUAAUAGAAAAUACCGAUUUUAAUGAAUUUAAAAUUAAGUUUUGGUAAGUUGUUGUUACGCACACAGUGUUUCGCAUCGCACUAACUUGAUAGUCGUGGCCAGGCUGUCAAUUUAUUGGAUACAAUCCGUACGAUUAAGGGUCACAGCAUACAUAUCAACUCGGAAAGGGAUCGGUAUCCUAUCAACUCGAGUCAGCCAGUAAUCUUUGUACAAAACUCUUUACUGCAACACAGACUAAUCUAAAUCGUAAUAUAUGUUAACUAAAUAACAAUACGUUACGAUUUUGAAUAACUCGCCGACACUUUAUUUGUACACCACAAUAAAAACACGAGAAAUAUAAACAUGAAGAGAUCAGCAUACAAAAGGCGGCCUUAUCGCUAAAUAGCUAUUUCUUCCAGACAACCUUUGGUUAUACAUCCUAAUACACAAAUACCUUACUUAAUGAACAAAAUACAUAGCAAUAAAUAAACUAAUCUAUACUAACAUUAUAUAGAGGCAAGAUUUGAUUGUUUGUGUAGUGCCCUGAAGCGCGGCGUCGCUUAGUCGUAGCCGAAUCGACGGCGAGGCGAUACAGCUACGAUCAAUUUCCCAGUUGAUAUGUGUGUUAUUACCCUAAUCCCGCAUAUAAAAGACCAGUAAUUUAACUUAGUGUAAAACCACCGAAUUUUCUUUGGAUAAAUAAUGUUCUUUGGAUAAAUGUGAAAUUAAAUUUGUACAGAAUUGUGUAAAAAAACUAAUAUGUACUAUUAGGUAAGUAAAAAAAUUACGUAGGCGGCUUUUACAUUCAAUGGGAUACACGAAGGUAUAGAAGUAGGUAUUUAUGUUAUAUAAUAAUUUAUUGCUUGCAUUGGAUGUCGAAUUAUUCUAUUAAUAAUUAUUUAUCUAUGACUUAAAACUCGAAAUAAGAUCACAAUUAUUGAUCCUACAAGUUGUUAGUAAUCCAUAUCAUAUAUAUAGGUUAAUUAUUAUUUAUAAUUUUUAAUGGUCUUCAGGCCUAAGAAGCACCAUGACAUAUAUCUCGAAAACUAGCUCCAGAAUCUAAUAUAUCGCUCACUCGCUUUUGUUCUAUCGCAGCGAAAGAGUAAGCUAUAUUUUUGGUUCACCGGAUUGGUCGACAUUUGUCUUCAUCUUGUCUCGAGAUAUGUUAUUGUGCCAAUCUUACAGGUGUUGUGUAGUGUAUAUAUGGAUGUAUAAAACGCAAAUGGUAGAUGCACCACCUAAUUAUUUAAAACUAAUUUUAAUAGUUUUCCGAAAAUCUCUAGGGUGACCAAGUUAUAUGUUUUUUUCGGAUUGUUCAUAAUUUUCUAUCUUGAAUCAGUUUUUUUAACGCUGUUGCUGUAAAUAUGAUUUAUGUAAAACAUUACGGAUUAAAUUAACAAUGCUAUUUUUGUAAAUAAUGUUGUAUUUGUUUUGUACAAGAAGCUUUGAAUGCAAUAAUUAUUUUUCUGUCAUUAAGAUGGCCAAAUAUAAAAAAAUUGUCCUGUAAAAAAAUGUAUGGAGCCGAAGUGUACCAUCAUUUAAAAACCAUUUGCGUUUUAUCCAUUAAUUACGGGACACCCUGUAUGUGCAAGACUUGACGUAUUUAUAAGUAUGACAUCUUGCACUUAUUUAUAAACACUAACACAGUUAAUGUAAGUACGCGGCAAUGUUAAAACUAUUGUGUAUUCUGUGGUUAAAAUAAUUUACAUAAUAUAAGAUCUGAUCUGUAUUCUACAAAUGUAUUUUUGUGUAGUACUUAUCUACUGGAAAAAAUAUGAAAUCUUUAUAAAUACCUACAACAGAUUUGCGAAGCAUCUAGGCUAUUUUAUAGGAUAUUUUAUAUAACAAUAAUAAUCAACAUAAUGUAUGUUAAAAUUGCUUUUUUAUUACAUACCUAGUUAUGUAAAUAAUGAUAAAUAUUUUUGCAGGUGUAACAGGUCGAUAAAAUUUCUUUAAAUCUAUUGUGUUUAAAACUAAUUGUCAUAUCAUGUAAUUGCUGUUUUUUGUGCAGACAAAAAUUGUUAUUAAUAAGCAAUUACUGAACUUUAUUCUAGAUUGGUCUAUAGGUUACCAGACUAUAGUUAAAAAAAUCUCAAAGCUGUUUUAUUAUGGUUCGGCAAAAUUAUUGCGACUGUGGACAAUUUAAAUUUGGGCGUUGAACAUUUUACAGCCACACACUUUUUUGGCCAAACCUUAAAGUAAAACUAAAUAGGUCGCCAUUUUGAAAGACUUAAUAAAAGCGCGACAUUUGCGACUCCCUCAUCAAGCCAGAUAACUUUUUGGCACUAUAUCUAUCUAUCUGUCUGUCUGUAUGUAUGUCUAUCUGUCUAUCUAUUUAACUAAUCUAUGGUGCCGAAUCGGUACCACCACGGAACGUACUAUGACACUAUAGCCCCACGGAUAGCGAGGUCACAGUACGCGAAGCAAAGGGGCCCCGAAAGGGCUAGAAGAAAUCACCGGGGGAGCAAGUUCCCCCGCGUCUAAUACUCGGGCAAGGCUGGGGGAGCAAGUUCCCCCGCGUCUAAUACUCGGGCAAGGCUGGGGAGCAAAUUCCCCCGCGUCUAAUACUCGGGCAAAGCUGGGGGAGCAAGUUCCCCGCGUCUAAUACUCGGGCAAAGCUGGGGGAGCAAGUUCCCCGCGUCUAAUACUCGGGCAAAGCUGGGGGAGCAAGUUCCCCGCCUCUAAUACUCGGGCAAGGUAGUGGGAGCAAGUUCCCCGAGUCUAAUACGCAAGGAGGCAAAGCCUCGAGGCACAUUUUUGGGAGGAGAUGACCACUGUUGCUGUAAUGUAUGGUUGUUGGUUAUGAUAGUCUUUAUACUUGUAAUUUUACUUUAUAUGAAUGCGUAUGUUUGCAUGAACCAAGUAAAGAUAAAUAUAGUCUGUGGUUUGAAGUUCAACGCCCAAAAAUUAAUGUAGUCUAAGUCUUGAGUGUACUAUACAGGUCCUUCUAUGACCUACGCUUUGUAUUUGGCUAAAUUUUAUUAGCCACACCGAAAAAAAAAAUUGUAAAUAUUUUUUUAAGGAUAUAGUUACGUACGUUAGUCAAUUGGUGCUUACUAGUCAAAAUUAAAUUAGCACAUUCUUCUGUAUUAUCGUUUUACCGCACGAAAAUCACAAAAAUAAUUGAAUUGGGUAUUUGACAAUUUCUUAGUAUUGAAAGUUACUUGUACCUUUCCCAAGUUAGCCUAGUUCGGAAUACUUUAGUAUUUUCGUACUCGACUAAAAUACUAAAUUAGUCUGUGAGGCCUGUUAAUGAUAGUAGAAGUAACUUAAUGAAUUAUUAAGUAACAGUGUAUCUACGAUUGUUACUUAUUGAUUUAUUAUUACUUUCGAUACAGAGACGAUAUGUGUGCGACGCUGCCGUGAAUCUCUCAAAAACGCCCCAUACAAAAUACAGCACAAUUAUGACGUCACAACUAAUUAGAUUUGUAUGAGUGUUCAAACAAAAUAACAAAUGUAUUUGUAGUGUUUAAACUUAAACUUCUUAUAAUGUAAAAAAUCACAUCGAAUGUACCUUACCCGUGUAGUUUUAACUGCAAAGUUGAACUGUUCAGUUAAAUAGUACGUGCAGUGUACGUCAGUUUUAACUAUACCUACAGUUUUUUGUAAUGAAAAUUCUAUUAGAUAAAACUGUACAGCUAUAACUGCACAAUUAAAACUGAAAGUCUGUUAGGGGUUAGAAAAUUAAAAAUAUAUGACAUUACAACCAUAAAAAAUGACUUCUAAUUGUUUUAAAUUAUUAGAACCUUAUUUAUUUUACAAACAUCAUGGCAAAAUUUGUUUGUUGUAUACAUGUAUGUUUGUGUGAUAAUUACUUAGUUAAAAUUGUUUUUGUUUCCAGAUUAAAAUUAUAAUAUUAAAAAGUAGUCAAAUACCCAAUUCAUUAAAAUAUCAUCAAUAAUAAUAUAUUAAAUUGCUUUGUUAUUUAGAUGUUAUGUACAUUGUACAGCCAGCAUGUUUUUUAUUAUUUAAGACGAAGAAAGAACAGAUUAUAUUACCAAUUUAACAACUGUAAGUUUAGCACCAGAGGACAUCUGACAAGGCAUCGCAAAAGUUGUUACUAUCGAAUACGGAACAUUAAUUAAUAUAGUAUAAGUAGGUACCUAUAGAUAUUCUAUUUUCGGAAGACGGUGUUGCUGUGGCUGUAGUAAGGUAUACAGACAGGCAAGUUUGUGUGUGACGGCUUAUUGGUAAACGGGUUUCGAUAACAAACGCCUCCCCUUGAAUAACUAAUCAACGUUUGCGGGGUGAGCUUGUUAACCGACUUCAAAAAAAGGAGGAGUUUAGGAGGAGAGAGAUUUUAUCAAUUCGUCGGAAUCUUUUUAUUACUAUAGGUGCAUACACAGCCAUACCGUCUCUUGAAAGUUGUAUAUCUAUACUAACUAUCAUGGCUGUUGUUAAAUUAAAGUCUAAGGCUCAGUCCAGAAAGGGCGAAUUCGCCGCGAUUCUCUCGUGCGUAUUACGCGCGACCGUUGCGUCUACAAGGCGCGUACCAACGCGCGAGCAUUUGGGGAGGAAUUCAGUAUAAAACAUGGAGUUGAACUUGCACUCGCUCUAGAGUUCGCGCGUUAACUGGACGCAACAAGGCGUCCCUAGUAUCUCUCGAGUCUGGCGUAGUGCACGCGAUUUACGCGCGUAUUUUGAAUUCGCGCGAUGCUUGUGGACGCGAUGUAUUGAUGUCUAGUACUUCGACAACGCGCGUAUGAAUUGGCGCGAUACGAUUCGCGACGAAUUCGCCCCUUCUGGACAAGGUCUAAGGCGCUAUCUCCACGAGCGAGAGAAUCACGACGAAUCCGCGCUUCUAAGUUCUAUCGUUGGGUAAUCUCCACGAAUUAACCGCUUCUCUGAGGUUAAUGGUAGGUGUCCACAUUUUAUGAUUUUACGGUAGAUAAAAUCUGUUUGAUGCGAUCCGUACGAUGCGGAUCAGUGGAUGCCUGCCAUAACAGACGGACAAUAAAGUGAUCCUAUGAGGAUUCUGUUUUUUCUCACUGAUGAACCCUAAUCGUUAUGCCGUGGUGGAUUUUUUUAAUGUCAAAAUAUGUUUAAUAAAUGUACAUUUUAUUAGGAGAGCACUGUAGUCUGAAUUGAGCUUUAGUUUUUAGAUAAUGGUGCUAAGUCGGUUGCCCACAAAUCUCUAAACUAAUUUGUCAAAUGUAAAAUUAUAUCUAUCCUUUUCAUAACGUUACCUGUGGAAAGAGAUAGCAUAAGUUUUAGUGCUGUCAAUCAAGAUGUUUUAAAUAAAUUAGCACUGCUAAUUGACUUAUGUCAUACUCGGAUAUUAUUAUGUUGGUCAUUGCUUUAUUACUAUUAGUAGUUAUUAUAUUAUAAAGGUUGUAAACAUUUACUGUAAUUUGACGUAAUAUUGACGAAACAAUGUUAUGUUAUGUAUAGCAUUAUAUUUUUGGAAUAUACUAUCAUAGAAUA